CAUAGCCGUCUACGACAAUUUUUUCCAAUAUCCGGCACUGGCUGUUCUUGAUUUAGUAUUUAUAAUAUUAAGAUGAAAGCUAUUGACAAAAUAAUCAGUCUACCAUGAUUUCUGGGUCACUUAACAUAUCAUAGUUAACGAUAAUAAAAAUGCAAAACGUAAUAUUUGGUGUUCUAUUAUGUGCUGUAUAUGCCAAUGGAAUUAAUGUAAUAUAUGAUCUGGAAGGUGACAUUCGACAACCUCAAUCUACAUUAACGCAACAAAUAAGUGGGCCAUUUACUGGACCAUCUGGAACUACAUGUAAUAACAAAGGGAUAUGUGAGAAUCAGCCGGAUGGCGCGAUGUUCUCCGAUCCUGGAUCAAAUGGAUAUAUUGUGUGCCAAUGUGAAUGUGCAAUCACAAGGCCUUGUCCUUCUGGAUUAGUUUUUAACCCAGUAAUUAAUGCUUGUGAUUGGCCUAUUGUUAAUAGCAGCCCUGCGACUGGUCCAUCCGGUACCACAUGCAACAAUAAAGGAGUAUGCGAAAAUCAGCCGGAUGGCGCCUUGUUCCCUGAUUUCGGAUCAAAUGGAUACAUAGUUUGUCAAUGUGAAUGUGAAAUACCAAUGUCUUGUCCCUCUGGCUUAGUUUUCAACCCAGUGAUUAAUUCUUGUGAUUGGCCUCUUGUUAAUACAGAUGCGCCGGGAACUUCUAGCUCUCCAUCAGAUAUAACCACUAAAGAUACUCCUUCAACUCCAUCAUCAACGCCAAAAUAUACGACCUCUUCACCAUCACCCUCACCACCUUCCGAUAUAACCACUAAAUCCACUGCGACAACAACUUCUAGCUCUCCAUCAGAGAUAACCACUAACGGCAUCCCUUCAACUCCAUCAUCAACGCCAAAAUAUACGACCUCUUCACCAUCACCCUCAACACCUUCCGAUAUAACAACUAAAUCCACACCGACAACAUCAAAGAUCCCUGCCACUGGACCAUCCGGUACCACGUGCAACAAUAAAGGAAUAUGCGAAAAUCAGCCUGAUGGCGCCCUGUUCCCUGAUUCCGGAUCAAAUGGAUAUAUAGUCUGUCAGUGUGAAUGUGGAAUUUCAAGGCCAUGUCCUUUGGGCUUAGUUUUUAAUCCAACGCUUAGUGUUUGUGAUUGGCCAACUUCUAACUAAUUUUGCUCUGGUAUAUUUCUACUUCUAGAACCCGUGACAUGUUAAAUAACAAUUGCAAUUAUAUUAAAACAUCUGUAUAUUCAAUGAUUAAAGAAAUACAUAAAUCUGAGACAUU